AUGGCUCCAAAUAUAACAGAUGUCGUACUGAAACCCGAAAUAAUAGGUUCGGAACCACUACUUGUAAAGGAAAAUCUUUCUUCUGCCCAGAAGCUGAAGCCAGCUGAAGAGGUCAACAAUAAUAGCAGCAGCGACAAAAGCCAAAAGAAAUCAAACAGAUAUUUCGAGCAGGAUCUUUGCUGGCGAAAUAUCAUCAUUAUUUCCUAUUCCUAUUUCUGCCUCGUUUAUGGUUUUUACUUACUUAAGUUUACGUCUUGGCCCAGUUUCUUUUUCUUAUGGGGAUCCGGUUUCGCAAGUGCUUUCGGAAUUACCGCAGGUGCUCACAGAUUAUGGGCCCACAAGGCAUACAAAGCAAAGGCACCGCUACGUGUGUUUUUAAUGAUUUUGCAAACACUCGCUUUCCAGAAUUGCAUUCACGAAUGGGCAAGAGAUCAUCGUGUUCACCACAAAUAUACCGAUACAAAUGCCGACCCACACAACUCAAAGCGUGGUUUUGUGUUCUCCCACGUCGGUUGGUUAAUGAUGAAAAAACAUCCCGAUGUCAAAGCCAAGGGUAAAACAAUAGACAUGAGCGAUUUGGAAGCCGAUCCAAUUGUGAUGUGGCAAAAAAGAAACUUUGGUUGGUUCAUGCCUUUAGUGUCGUUCUUCGGACCAAUGGCGUUGUUGUAUUUCGGAUUUGGCGAGUCUUUCUCCAUUGCAUGGCAUUGCACGAUCACGAGAUGGGCUCUCGCUGUCAAUAUUACGUGGUUGCUCAAUUCCGCUGCGCACAUGUGGGGAUGGAGACCAUACGACAAAACCAUCAGUCCCACCAACACGACAAUUCUCGGUUUCUUGUGCUUCGGCGAAGGAUGGCACAACUACCAUCAUGUCUUCCCGUGGGACUACAAGACAUCCGAACUGGUCAAUUAUACUGUCAACUUUACGAAUGGCUUUAUUGACUUCUUUGCGGCAAUUGGGCAGGCGUACGACUUGAAGACGGUGUCCGAGGAAAUGAUUCGCAAACGUGUCUUGCGUACCGGCGACGGAUCGCAUCCAAUUAGCAAGGAAAUGAAGAAACAAGAACUGCAAGCAAAAUUAAUUGAGUUUGUAAACAAGUAUCACGAGGAAUCGACAGACUUGGUGUGGGGAUGGGACGACAAAGACAUGGAUCCCGAGGAAAAACGAUGCGUUACGAUUUACAACAAAACUGGCAAAGUAGAAUAGAGAAUUUCCUUCCUUCUGUGGGUUUCGAAACGAUUUUUUCGCAAUUUUAUAUAUUUUUUUUUUAUUUAUACGACCGAAGAACGAUGGAGAGAGAUGAGGUUUUAUUAUACCGUAUUUAUUAAUUGUAUUUUCUUCGUCUACUCCAUCUUUCUUCUUCAUCAUCAGAACAACAACAACAAAAAAACUUUUUAUUUUUCAACAUUAUAUUUUUAUUAAUUAUAAUGACCGACAUUAAUUCAUACACGGUACACUUCUCCACUUCUCGUUUCAAACGUUAUUAAUGUUUAGGUUAAGGACUAUUCGCACCCUGCCAUGCCACGUGGAUGGAAUGGGCGUGAAUUCAUGCAAGAAAAAUAUUUCUAAAGAAAAUUAAUAAGGACAGGUUAUGUCAAUGUGAUAAAUGUAAGGAAAAAAAAUACUUUUAAAAAAAUGUAAAUUUAAAUAAUUAAAUGAUGAAA